CAAACCAUUUGAUACAGAAAUGAAUAUGCGGCAAAAUCGAUUUUCCCGAUUUCUAUCAUACUGACAAACUAAUUAUUUGAAAAUGGCUACUCUUAAUAUAGAAAUGGAACAGUUAGACAGAAUGAAAGCUAGAUUCGAGGCAUUACGUGCAGAGUAUCAAGUUUGUAAGAGGAAACUGGAAAGCAAAUGCCAAGCCCUUAUGAUUAUAAGUAAAGAAUUGGACCAUUGUAGAAGUGAAAGGGACCAGUUUAAAUUGAUGGCUGAGCAGCUUCAAGAGAGGUAUCAAAACAUUAAACGACAACUUGGACAGCCAUGUUAUUCACCAUCCUUAGAUGAAGCCAAAUCCAGAUGUUCAACCAACACUAAGAAUCUUGGAAGCUCGUUGUUUACAUGCAAAGAGAGAAAUAAGUCAUUAGAAUUUGAAGUGGAAGAUUUUAAGCAAAAACUUCAUGAUGCUAAUGGAGACAUUAAGCUUUUAAGAGAACAGAUUGCCCGUCAAAGAGUUGGGACUUCAGAUGAAGGCAUUAACAUCAGACAUUUUCCUGCACAUGAAAGGGAAGAUCUUGUAAAACAACUGGAAGCAUCGAGAGAAGAGAUUAAUCAGUUAGAAAGAGAUCUUCAACAAGUGAUAGAUGAAAAAGAAGAAUUAGUUAUCGAAAGGGUGGCAUAUAAAAGUAAAUAUGACAGACUGAACCAGGAACUCAAUUACAUUCUAAAGGGAGAUGAGAAAAGAAUUGUUGAUAUAGAUGCACUUAGUAUGGAAAACAAGUAUUUACAAGAGAGCUUAAAGCAGAUGGCAGAGGAAAAAUCAAUGGCUAUGGCAACAGUUUCUAAAUAUAAGAAUUUACUAGAGAGAAGAAAAACUAAAAGUUCUUCAUUAAAACUAGGACAAAGUAGAAGUGGCGGGUUAGUUAUUACACAGAAACAAGUACACCAGAUUUUAGAGGACCAUUCACAGAUGGCAGCCACACCUCAAGCAAUGUCAGACCUUCAGGCACUUGCAUCAGCUUUGCUUGAAACUGUCAAUGAUAAAAACUUAGCUUUGUCUCAUCAGAGAAAAACAAACAAAAUUUUAGGGAAUAGAGUUUCAGAACUAGAAAAAAAGAUCAAGACCUUAGAAGUUGCUGGAUUAUGGAAUGUACCAAGCAGUCUUCCAAACCUGGAAAAGUUAAGAGCAGAGUGUGAGGAUGUAAAGACACUAAUUCCUCUUAUGUCUCAAUCAAGUGAUGAUACUGCACAAGAUACAAGUCAAGAUAUAGAUCACUAUAAUAAUGAUAACCUAGAGUGCGACCUUUACAGUCCUUCCAGCAGUGAAUUGACAAGUCCCACACAUUGUAGUUAUAGUAUUUCUCAUGAUAACAGUCUUGUACAUCAUGAAGAUAUUAAAAAUACUAAUGUAAACAGGUCAUAUAUGCAGAUUCAUGGUGUGUCAACAGACUAUGGAAAUUCAGCUGAAUUCCUUUCUCCUGUUAAUAAUGCAGUUUCAAUGGAUGACCUUGACCUUCUUCCAACAAAGGAGGAAAUAGUUAAAUGUACUGAAAGAGAUGAUUUGAAACAGAGCAAUUUAUUGUCAUCUGGAGGACAGCUGGCAGAUAUUUCUAUGAAGGAGCAACAAAAUGAAGAAACUGUUACUGAAGAUAAACUGAAAUCGUUAAUGGAUGAUGUCACAAACAAAAUGGUGGCGUUUUCUCAUAAAACGAAAAGUCAUGGACAAUUCAUAAUAGAGACAAGUGUUGAUUAUAACCAGCAAUCCGAGGAUUCACAAACAGAUGUCAGUAUGAAAUCUAAAAAUAUAGAAGAAGAGGGCGAACCUUCAACUGUGGCAUGCAAUAAUCAAUUAAUAAAGGAGACUUUAACCCACAUUUCAAACGAGAAUGAAUGUUGAAUUCCCUUCAUAGUUUAUUGAAUGCAGCCAACAUGUUGGAACUUUAAUAAUAACUAUUAAGUAUUAUAUUCAUUAGAAACCCAGAAUUAUACUUUAACAUCAGUUCUUUUAUUGAAUUGGUCUUAUUGGAACUAAUAUUACAGAAUAGCCAAUGAAAACAAUUUUCAAUAUUUAUUCCUGUUGGUGUAAACAGUAAAGAAUAUUUGAUCAUUUGGGGAAACAUAUUUUGGUAUACAGAACGGUGGGUAUAAUGUUUUCAUCAUGUCAACUUGAUCACCCUUCAUGUUUUGUCAGCUCUUCUUUAAAUUUAAAUGAAGAUGUUCACUCAUGUAAUCCAUAGUUGAGCUAAGAAAAUCAGAACAUUUCUGAAAUGGAGAACAAUGUUUGGGUAGAGAAGACUUGUAAAAAUAUCUCAUAUUAAUUAUUUUCUUUAAAUUUGUAUGAAGGUUUCUGCUCAUCAAACCUUGGAUGAGUUUGAUAAUAAAAAAAUCUACAAAAGUUAAAAAAUAUUCAGAGGGGGUCUUGUAAAGUAUAAAGUCUUGUGGCCAUGAUAGUGCCUUCAUUUUUUAUCAGAUCUUCUUCAGAGUUGAAUGUAGGUUUUUACUCAUCAACACCUCCAAUGAGUUCAAUAACAUAAACAAUCGAUAUCAGGGUUGCUUGCAAAUAUAUACCAUUUGAAUACUUGAAGUCUAAGAAAUUUUAAUGUUUGAUUUGCCUACAUUUAGGAAAACACAAACAUAAUAUUUAAUUUAUAAAAUACCAACCACAUGAAAUCGGUCAGAAACAACACGAACAAUCGCAUAACAAAUUUUAAGAUUCCAGUAAGAUUUGCAAACUUUCUUGGAUUGAACAACUAAAGACAGUAUAUUCCAUCUGUCUGCAUGGUUAUAGCAUUGGACAAGGGAACAUAUAUAACACUUCCUCUACAGACACCAGUAAUAUUGUUGAUAAAAGACAAUAUUAUAAUAGGUGGCAUGGCAAAAGUAUUAAUCAAAAUCAAAAUCAAUUAAACAUUAUAUAAAUUAUACUUGAUGAAUUCUUAUCUGUAUUUAAAAACAAUGGUAGUUAUUAUGCAAACUUCCAAUGGGGACUAACUGUGCACCACUUAUUGCGGACCUGUUUCUGUAUUGUUAUGAGUUACAAUUUAUGGCUAAAAUCAGCAAAGACCCAUCGAAACAACAUCUGAUACAAAAAUUUAAUAACACUUUUAGAUAUUUGGAUGAUAUAUUGGAUCUCAAUAAUGACGACUUCAGUAUGUACACUAAAGAGAUUUAUCCUGCUGAACUGACUUUAAAUAAAGCUAAUACUAACAAUGAACACUGCCCUUUCCUAUAUCUUUCACGGGAAGCUUAAUACCAAAAUUUACGAUAAAAAGAGAUGAUUUUUCAUUUCUUAUUGUUGAUUAUCCAUUUUUAGAUGGUGACGUUCCCUUUUCACCAUCUAAAUUUGUUUUUGCUACAAAUUUGUGGAAACCAAUUAUAUUUCAAGCAAAACCUUGAAAUGAAUGCAGAAAUUACAGAGACAUUUCAUUUUAGUGGCGACAAUGGAGAUAUCAACUUCAAAAGUCAAAAAUUAGUCUUAAGAUAAGUCACUUUCAAAUUGGUCAUCAGACAAGAAUUUGAUUAAAAAACUGAAAAUCAAAGUCAUUUUAUACGUUUCUUUUGUGGUUGAGUAUAUGAAUAUAGGUAUUGAUUUCAAUAAAUUAUUUAGUAUAUUUAAUGACUAUUCAAGGGUCCUUGGUGGCGGAGUGGUUAAGUAGUUCAACUACUGUAUCAUUGUCCUGUCAACACUGAGGUUGCAAGUUUGAACCACGCACGUGGUAGGUGGGUGCGUUGGACAACUAUUGUGAUAGACCAGGAUUUUCAGCUUUCCUGCUGAAGGUCUUGGUUCUCUCUGGGCACUUCGGCUUCACCAGCCAAUAAAAAAUGACAGCUACGAUAUAUAGAUAUAUAUAUUUUUAGUUUAAAGUACAACUUGGUACAUGUACAUUAAAUACAAUAUAUGACAAUUAUAAACAUAUGUAUAUAGUUAAUGAACAUGUUUAUUUAUACCAACCAGCCUAUAGAGGCUUAUGAUGCACUGUUGUUUACGUAGUUUACGAAAUAUUAUUAAAAUAAAUUUCAAGUUCAUAUUAAUCCUUAUUAUAUCUGAGGCUUAAAUAUUCUGAUAUUGUUUCAAUAUAUCAGUUGUGUUUAAUAAUAUGAAAAUAAAGAUGAAAGUAUCUAAAUAAUAUUGGUUUGAUAACGUAAGGGUUGUAAAUGCAGUGGUGUAGCCACUGUAAAAUAAUUGUAAGCAGAUGGUCGGGGGCCGCAGCCCCCCAAAAGCUGAACGAUUAUAGUAAAAUUCUUAUUGAAGAAAAAUAUUAAAUAAAUUUUUUUGUAAGCACAUGCUUACAAUGCUACACUGGUGCUACAUCACUGAAAUGGAAAAGCAGGAGGAUAAGAGUUGCCUCCCUCUUUUCGUAUCCACAUUUUUAUCAUGAUUUGUAAUAAAAGAUAAAAGAUUUGUAUCACCUAGAUUUGACUUAAUUGUGACAGUUGUAUAGUUGAUCUAUACAAAAAAAUCAUUUAUCACAUCUACUGAGCCAGCAAAAUAGUAUGCUGGUCGGGGGCCGCAGCCCCCCAAAAGCUGAACGAUUAUAGUAAAAUUCUUAUUGAAGAAAAAUAUUAAAUAAAUUUUUUUGUAAGCACAUGCUUACAAUGCUACACUGGUGCUACAUCACUGAAAUGGAAAAGCAGGAGGAUAAGAGUUGCCUCCCUCUUUUCGUAUCAACAUUUUUAUCAUGAUUUGUAAUAAAAGAUAAAAGAUUUGUAUCACCUAGAUUUGACUUAAUUGUGACAGUUGUAUAGUUGAUCUAUACAAAAAAUCAUUUAUCACAUCUACUGAGCCAGCAAAAUAGUAUGUUAACACCAUAGUUAAUUUUUGACAAAAUAUAAUAGAGAAUAUACAUGCAUACAUAUAUAUAUCUGAUACUAAUUUUCACAAUUAGUACACCACAAUCAUAUGUAACAAUGAAUAGGUCCUGCAUUGUACACUGUAGCAUGUUAGAAAAUAUAAAUAAAUGACCACAGUUUGUAUAUA